AUGGCCUCAAGUGCCACCGAUGAGAUUUCACUAGAAGAAAACGAAGUACAAUCUACUCCUGUGGCUGAAGCCUUAGCCAGAUUGGAAAAUUUUAUAGAGACGAAGAUCUCGUCUUUGAAGCGGGAUCUAUUCAUUGAGAAUGAAGAAAAUCUAGUACGUAUGGCGAAGAAAAUGAAGACCGGAAAGAAGUAUGAAUUUAAACAUGUGGGGAAUCAGCAGCAGUUUGAUCAUCAGACAGACGUGAAAGAAGCUUUGCAAUCAGCCUUUGAUGCUGUGGUUAGCUAAUACGAACAAGCGAUUGAAGUUUUUGACAAGUUUACCGAAAAUUCGCGAUAUAAAGAACAACAUCAUUCAACAUCAUUCAUGAAUGUGAUUUCCCCGAGAAUUGUGAAUGUAUUCCAUGAUUCUCGAAGUGAAAUUCGCUUACGUCGUCUUUAUAUAGUAUUACAGUUGUUUGUUUACGAUCUGACGUCAAAACACGUUCCAAACAAAUGAGUCAUCCGCUGCACCAACAAGCUACCAAUAGUCAAUAUGGUAAUGCACUGCUAACAACCAUUAUGUACAGCUAAUGACCAUUAUAUGCACUGCUAAUAACCAUAUAAUGGUUAUUUUACACAAUGGUUGAGAAUUACACAGUUGAGAAAUGAGUCACAGUCCCAAACACUUUGACGAAAUAACAUCUUUAUAUUCGGCAAGUUGUCCUUUCGGCAAACUGUCCGUUCGGCAAAAUGUCCGUUCCGCAAAAUGACCGUCGGCAAAAUGUCCGUUCGGCGAAAUGUCCGUUCGGCAAAAUGACCGUCGGCAAAAUGUCCGUUCGGCAAAAUGUCUUUCGGCAAAGUGUCUUUCGGCAAAGUGUCUUUCGGCAAAAUGUCCGGAUACCUUUACAGGAACGUAUGUUGUUAGUAGACAAACGUUCAAAACUUAUUAUCCUAGCGGACAAAAAUGGCUGGGAUUUCGUUAAGGAAUACCAACGCGAUGAAAUUGCAUCCAACUCUGACGAUGAAAAACAUAUUAAGAAUGUGUUAAAAAAGUUACGUCUUCUCGUGUGCAGAAUCGCAUUAAACUUAAUCGAAAAACCGGCACAUCGAUCGUCAUCGGCGGCCAUGAAUGGCGGUUCUCCGCUAAUGUUUAAUAGUAACUAUCGUAUACCUUCUCCAAAUUCUCGUUUAUUAAAUUCCAUGUUAUUCAGAUCACCCAAACAAAUGUUUGGACCUUGUCACUCAUGCGGGCGAUAUGGUCAUUACAGGCGUGUCUGCCCAAUGCGAAUCCCCACAACAGGAGUUAACAGCCGCCAACUUGUCCCAAUCACACCCUCAAGUGCCGCCAAUGUUGCUGCAUCUCGAUACUCAACAGGACUUUAAUAGAACUAAUGACUUUUUGGACGUUGUGUGUUCUAAUAUUAGCAACAAUAUUCGUAGUAAUUUUAGUGUUCGUGG